CUGGGGGCGCUGCAGCUCCGGGGCGUCCCGAGGCGCUGGUCGCGGGUCCCGCUGGCCAGGUGUUUCCUUGCCCCGGAAAUGUCUUCCGAGUCGGCCUCCUCGCGCGAGCGCUGCCCGUCUCCGAGAGCCCUGCACCCCCCAGAGGGCCGCCGAGCGCGAGAGCGGUCUCCGUCGCCAAUGAGAGGCUGCCUUGUUCCGAGUCCACUCCCGACGCGGAGGACGCGCACCUUCUCAGCGACGGUGAGAGCCUCUGAAGGGCCCACCUUCAAGGGGGUGUGUAAAUGCUUCUGCCGGUCCAAGGGCCAUGGAUUCAUCACUCCUGCAGAUGGAGGGCCGGACAUCUUUGUGCACAUUUCUGACAUUGAUGGGGAGUAUGUCCCAGUGGCCGGUGAUGAGGUCACCUACAAGGUAUGCACCAUCCCGCCCAAGAACGAGAAGCUGCAAGCCGUAGAGGUGAUCAUCACGCACCUUGCCCCCGGCACGAAGCACGAGACGUGGUCCGGACAUGUGGUCAGCUCAUAGGGCGCCCCCACUGGGAACGGAGUUGACCGAGCGGGCUGAACUAGGGUCUUGUUCGACAGCCGAAACUGACUUGAGUCUGACAGAAGAGUUUUCUGCGUCUUGAGGUGAAACCUUCUAAAACAUGAUUACUGGAAAUGUAAAGCAUUUGGGUAUUAACACAUAGAAGGCAGGGAGAGAUGGGAAUCUGGGGUUCCCAAGGCCUUAGAGAGACCAGUGGAAGUGGAAAUGCCCAGUCCACCCAAACCGUGGGGCAGAGAGAAAUGCAGGUUUGAGCCUACAGACCCGCCCAAGAGCUCUGUUCCUACGUGGAAGGCUACCAAAAUGCCCACCCAAAUAAUUGAAUGUGGAAUUGUUUUCUCACAACAAGCAUAGGGAGGGAGAGCGGUGCAAGUGUUCUUAUACCAAGGGGAUGGUGUGGAAGAUGGGAUUCUGGCACAAGAGCUAAAGGGUUAACGCUUGCAUAGAAUUAGAUUGUGCUGUGAGUUACUUUUCUCGGUGCCUUCUGGUUUUCUAGCCCCAAGGAAAUCCUUGCUGCAAGCUGCAGGGAAAUCCCAGCAGCAAGCAUGUUUCACUUCUCUCAACUUGUGCCUGACAUUUCUACAGAUGCUGUUGAAAGAAAAGAGAGCCUGCCUUAACUUUUCAUAUAUACACAUUUGAUACCUGAGUUUUGUGCCCUGCCAUGGUUGGCUAAUGAUUUGGGCUGAUGAAAGCAGCCUUGUUUGCUUAAAAAAUAAAAUAAAAACCAGCCUUUGA